AAGUAUGCUUUCUUCCCCGGCUGCGUUUCCCAGGGAGCCGCGCCGGAACUCUAUCCUGCAGCUAGAUUGAUCUGCGACCGCCUCGGCAUUGAUCUGGAAGAGAUUCCGGGUUGGACCUGCACCGGGGCCGGAGUAUUGCAAGAGAAAAACCAGUUCUUUGGCGAUACCUUGAAUGCCCGCAAUUUUGCCAAGGCGGAACAGAUGGGCCUCCCCAUUCUGACCAUUUGCAGCACCUGCCAGGGCGUUAUGGCCCAGGCAAAUAAGCGAAUGCUCAAAGACCCUGAAUACCUGACAGAGAUCAAUUCCCACUUGGCUGAAGAGGGAUUGGAAUACAAGGGCACUGCCGAGCCCAAGCAUCUUCUUUGGAUCCUGAUUGAGGAUGUGGGACUGGACAAGGUUACCGAGCUUGUUACCCGUCCAUUGGCUGGAAUUCGAAUGGCCCCCUUUUACGGCUGCUACAUAGUGCGUCCUACUGAGGCGCUGGACAUCGAGGAGCAUCCGGAACGCCAGACGUCGCUGGAGACGCUAAUUGAGACCUUGGGCGCUACGGUUGUCGACUUUGAGGGCAAGACCCGCUGUUGCGGUUUUCCGAUCCUGACGAUCAAUGAGAAGAACUCCAUGGCGAUGGUGGGAAAACACACUUCCGAGGCCAAGGACUUGGGUGCCGAUGCCAUGGUCACGCCAUGUCCCCUUUGUCAUCUCAACCUCGACGGGUACCAGCCAAAAGCGGCGGCCCAGUUGAAGCGUAAGGUUGACUUGCCUAUUCUGCAUAUGCCUCAAGCCAUCGGGCUGGCCAUGGGCAUCUCCCCACAAGAGCUUGGCCUUCAAAAGCAUAUAAUGAGUACUCAACCGUUGACUGUUAAGCUGGGUGCAGGUCGGUAA